AUGAAUAUCAAUUCACCAUUUAUAUGCUGUGGCGUAUGCUAUAAGGGCCAUUUAGAUUUGAAGCAAGUCAAUGAACAGUUGUGUUUAACCUCAUGUGCUCACAUAACUUACCAUUCAUUGAACAAUUCUUCAGGUAUUGAUUCAUGUCCAAUAUGUCAUUCUGAAAAUAUUUCAACCAUUGUCAUUGACCAAUCAAUACCAUCUGAUUUAAACCAUUUUUUCACGCCAGUCACUCAACAAUUGAAUAACUUUUCAAAUUCAUGUCAACACCAAUUCAAUACCUUAAUCAACAAGGUUGAACAUUUGACUCAACUAAAUAAUAAAUUAAAUGAUAAAAUCAAAAAGCAAAAAGAAUUCUUGUAUGCUGCAAAGGAAGAAAUUACUCAUUUGAAUAAAUAUAAAUCACAAGUUGAAGAUUUAAAACUAGAAAUAAAGGAAUUGAAUAAUAAAUUGGAUGAUUGCAAACGACCUGAAACUUUUGAUUUGAGCAAUGUAAAUGAAAUUGAAUUUGGAAGAAAUAUAGAACAUCUUGAACCUAUUGAUGAUGAAUAUGAUAAUUCCUUUUUAAGACCAGAAACGUACAAAUCAGCUAAUACCAAACCAUUUAAUUUUGCACUGAAUACAUUCAUCAGUAAGAUCAAUCAAGAAUCUAAUAAUCAAUCCAAGAAAGUAUUAGAUUCAAACCAACUCCACCAAUCCUCAACUGAAAGGGCUAGAAAAUAUACAUCCAAUCAAAUGAACAAAAAAGUAGUUGCAGACGUUGGUGGCAAUCAUGGUAACGUGAACAAGAACUCAACUCUCAAAAGAUCGUUUUUUGCUGAAUCGACUAAUAUUGGUGAAUUUAAUAAUCCCAACAGAAGACCUUCAAUUUUUUCAGCCGGUACAACAUCAAUAACAAGUUCAAGAUCAGGAUUUCAAAAGUUAAAUUCAAAUAAAUAUGGUAAAGCAAGCAGAAGAUCGGCAACCAGUCAAUUAGCAUCAAGACUAACAGCAAAUAUGAGGAUUGGAUCUUUGAACGGCGAUAAAGUUAAGCUUAAAAAUAAUAUGAUACAUGGAAUCCAGGCUGCAAGUUAUCGUUCCAAUAUGAUUGAUAAAGGUCCAGUUUUGAAUAAAGUUUUGAAUCCAUUAGCAAGUAAAACGUCACACCCUUUUCGUUGA